AUGACGCUAGCCACAAUCCGCCGAGAAUUCUGGCCGAUCAAUGGUACCAAACUAGCUAAUAAUGUGUGUCGCAAAUGCCCUAAAUGCUUUCGCAUUAGCCCAACCCCAAUUACCCAGCCUGUAGGCCAACUUCCGAAAACACGCACUAUUCCUAGUCGACCCUUUUCAAUCACCGGUGUCGACUACUGUGGCCCCGUUUACUUAAAGCCAACGCAUAGACGAGCUACAUCACGAAAGGCUUAUAUAGCUGUAUUCGUUUGCUUUUCUACCAAAGCAGUGCAUCUUGAACUAGUUUGUGACUUAACAACUGAAGCAUUUGUAGCCGCACUCCGUCGUUUCGUCGCACGUCGUGGUUUACCCAUGGAAGUACAUUCGGACAAUGGGACUAACUUCGUUGGUGCAAAAAAUAUACUGAAUGAACUCUACAACACGAUGAACAGUAAGAAGCACCUAGACACAGUCACGCAUGAAUGCAGUAGCCGAGGAAUCACUUGGAACUUCAUACCUCCGAGAACACCAAAUUUUGGCGGCCUUUGGGAAGCAGCAGUGAAAACAGCAAAGACUUCACUCACCAAAACAAUAGGCACAACACAAUUAUCGUUUGAGGACUUCUCAACUGUUCUCACACAAAUCGAAGCAAAUAUGAACUCCCGUCCACUCACUCCAUUGUCAGAAGAUCCUGGAGAGUACGACGUUCUAACUCCGAGUCACUUUCUGAUCGGAACACCACUAAAUUCAAUGCCCGAUCCCGAUUAUUCGCACACACCGAUAAACCGUCUUCGCCAUUACCAGCAAUUACAGAAAUUGAUACAGGAUCACUGGAUACGCUGGAGAAAAGAGUAUCUGUCGGAACUCAACAACCAACGCAAACGAAUAUCACUUCCAAUCGAUAUACGCGUGGGGCAGAUGAUCCUUGUACAGGACGAAAAUAAACCUUCGAUUGCUUGGCCACUUGGUAGAAUUGAGUCAACUCACCCAGGAGAAGAUGGUGUCGUCAGAGUAGUGACGAUAAAAACAGCCAAUGGUUCAUACAAACGACCGGUAUCCAAGAUAUUUCCACUACCGUUCGAUCGCGAUGUCACUACAGCACACUCCGAAUUAAUGAACGAGAAGAAUAUGAAUCAAACAUUGUAA